GGACAGGGGCACUGACAGACAUGUCCUGGGGGGCAUCAGGCCCAGUAUCGUCGGCCGGGCCACGGAGGGGAUUGUCCCGCUCUGCUCUGCCCUGGGGCGGCCUCCCUUGCAAUAUUGGGGCAGUUUGGGGGGACACAAUGUAGAGAAGAUAUUGAGCCAUUAGAGAAUGUCCAAAGGAGGGCAACGAAGAUGGGGAAGGGCCCUGAGGGGAAGCCGUGUGAGGAGCAGCUGAGGGCACUUGGUGUGUUCAGCUGGAGAAGAGGAGACUGAGGGGAGACUUCACUGCAGUUCCAACUUCCUGAGGAGGGGCAGGCCCUGAGCUCUGCUCUGGGAGGACCAGGGGUAGGACCCAGGGAGUCGCCUGGAGUUGUGUCAUGGGAGCUUUAGGUUGGAUAUUAGAAAAGGUUCUUCCUCCAGAGGGUGGUUGGGCACUGCCCAGGCUCCCCAGGGCAGUGGGCACAGCGCCAAGGCUGCCAGAGCUCCAGGAGGGUUUGGAUGAUCCUCUGGGGCACAGGGGGUGAAUCCUGAGGAUGGUCCCGUGCAGACCGAGGGUUGGGCUCGAUGACCCUUGUGGGUCCCUUCCAACGCGGCCCGUUCUGUGAUUCUGUGGCACUCCCGGGCGGGCAGUGCACACACGGGUGUCCCACAGCUCCCUGCGGGGUUCAGGGGAGCGGGGGCAGUCCCGAAGGGACAAACGCACUGCCAAGGUGGGCGCUGGGCGCCCCCGGGCCGGGCUGUGCCGGGAGCCCUCCGGUUCCUCACGGCCGGAACGGGCCUGCGGAGCGCUGAGGGCUCGCACAGCGAACCGGCCAGGGGCGGCGGGGAGAGCCGGGGGAGGCCCCGGGCAGAGCUGGGCCCGGAGCCCACACGCUGCCCGUGACCGGAGGUGGGCGGUGCGGCGGGGCCGCUUCCUCCCCGGCGCGGAGCGGCAUGGAGCGGACAUUCUUCCUUCCCCAUCCCAUGUCCAAGGCUCCCCAGGGUGUGUUCCAGGAGGAGCUGAAGUGGUGCAUUUCGCAGCUGGAGGCAGAUCUCCACCUCACCCCACCCCCAAAACCAGUAGAGGAGACCCAGCACAUUCUCAAGGUCCUGCGCUCCCCUGAGACUCCUCUUGCAAAGAAGCAACAAGUGAUGAGUGAUGUGUUUGGGGAUUAUUGUCUCAGCAUGGCUGAGGGUCAGGAGAGCAUGGAGAAAGCAGGCAUGAAACCUGGUGCUCUGGAAGUACAGCCAAGCAGUGGGCAGGUUGCAGAUGGUAUGAAACAGUCUGACCCAAGCCCUGAGGCAAAGCCAGAGCUGUUCACAUCAUCUGGCAGCAGCUUCCGAUUUGAUUUUACACUUUCCGAGACCAACCCAGGAGCAGACCCUGGUGACAGCAGAGCUGUCACAGCCACCAAGCAGGAGAGCUGGAAUGGAGCCUUGAGGUUUGCUGCCUCUGGACAAGAACCCAAGUUUGCUUUCAACUUUGCCAUCCCAGAUGAAGACUGUUGUCAGCUCCAGCUACUUCCCUCAAGCCAACAUACAGAUCCUUCACUGCCUGCUGAAGCAGCAGCCCUGCCACGGGCUGCAGCCAUGUGGGAGCCCGAGGUGACUCAAGCUGCAGGGAGUGCACCCAAAGAGGACAGAAGCCAUGUCACAUCAAAGAUCCCCCAACCAGAGACUGCUCCUGCAGAUGAAGCAGCAACAGCGAAAUCAACAGGAGAUGAAGCUGCCCAGAAGAAGAAAAAGAAGAAGAAACAAAAACCACCAGUCAGUAAAAUGGAGAGAGAAGAAACUGAGACCAGCAGGAAAGCAAAGACAGAAGCUAAGAGCUGUCAAAAUACAAAUACUUCCCAUCAGGAUGAGAAGACCUCCCAGUCAGAUGAGCAGCUGCAGAAGGAGCUGGACUGGUGUGUGCAACAGCUGGAACUUGGCUUGAAGACACAGAAACCCACUCCAAAGCAGGCUGAAGAGGCUCUCCGGGCCAUCAGGACACUGCGCAGUGACAAGGCUCCACUGGUAAAGAAGCGGCAGCUCAUGAGAGCCAUGUUUGGAGACUACAGGAAGAAGUUGCAGGAGGAGCUGUGCAGGGAGCUGAAGCUCAUGGAAACAGCUGCAAAGGCUGCCAGGAUCGUGGAGGUGAAGGGAAGCAUCCGCAAGAAGAAUGGCAAAUUCAUCCGGAAGUGCUCAGGAGCUUGCAGGAAAAGCCAGGGUUCAGCAGGAUUCCCUUCAGAGUCACCCAGGACGCUUUACACAGGCUUAUUCAAUGACACAGCUUCCAAAGAAGAAUUUCGCUUUAAUUUCUUCUAGGAAAGUGUCUUAGACUAAAACUGUGGUAAAAAAUCCCUGUACCAGAUCCCCUGUAAACUCCAGAACGGUGGAGAGAUGCUGUGCAGUAGGAAAUGUCAUCAGUAAGUCUCUUGAUCCUGUUCCAGAGUGCCUUAUCUAGAAAUCUAAACCAGAUCUGCCUAGUACCGUAUGACCCCAAGACUCAGCCAGCGUAGUGCUCCUCUGUGCUCACACUGUAGAGAGGCACCUUUGAAAGGGUCAGCAGUGAAAGGAUCUGGUUUUCUUCCUGUAGAAUUUACAUUAACUGUAAAAUCUCUUUUAUACCAUGAGAUUUUCCCAUUCUCCUGUGGUUUUUAAAUAGAGCAGAGCUUUCCUAGCAGCUGAGGCAGCCAUGCACACAGAGGGGAAUGGUUUGGAAAGGAGAUGCAGCUUCUGCGAAGAUCCAGCUUCUGCGAAGAUCCAGCAGUGGAUAUUUGGAUGCUUCCACUCCAUGAGUCUGUGUGAAUGCGGCUUCUGGCAUCCAGCAAACACCAGCAAUGCCAUCACUGACAUCGAGGGAGUGGAGCUCAGGGUCUGGGGAGAGAGUGAGUGAGAACCAUUUUUGCUGAUUCAUCUCUUUCAAUGGCAGAAACAGACUUAGAAUAAAACUGCAAAUGCUGGUUUAAUCCAGCCUAGGGAUGUAAGGACAGUUGUUUCCAGACAGGGAAAGGUUUUUGUUGCUGGAGCCAGGUUCUGGCCAGCUAGGAAGGGCGUACAAUGAGCUCUUAAAUAAAGUUUACUUUGUAAGUAGUCCAGUUACAGCCACCAGUGACUCAGAGGUAAAAUCAGCUGCGUGCCAACCUUGGGUGGUGGUGAAAUGAACUGUCAGAGCCCAAAGACUCUCUUCCACUUGAUUUGUAUUAAAUUUUGGCUUUUUGAAUGUGUGUCUCCAGUGUUUCCAUACUACUUCAGUCACUGAAGCCAUCUCCUGUGUUCCUACAGAAAAUCUUCCCACCAAGCCUAAAAAAGCUGAAGGAAGAGAAGUGCUGCAAAAGGCUAUGUGGUAUCAGGUGUCCCUGGGGAGCAGUGCUUUCCUCCCUUUUAUGGUCCAGUCAGCCUGUGUGAGAAGUGAGAAAUGGGAGUGUGGGCAGAUUCCAGGGAGAGCAGCUGAGAGAUGGUGGAAAAUACUGGCUGGCAAAGACUUUAAAAAACGUGAUGUUGGCUCCAAAAAAUUAAUUUUAUUACUAAGCCCUGACGCAGGCAGUGGCAUCUGCAAGAAUAUUUUUUUAUUAUUUUAAAAGAAUAUUUUAAAGAAUUCCUGUCUGGGAAACUGAACCUGGAUAACAUGUACGACAGGGAAAAAUAUGCAGAGCUGACUUUAUGUCUUCUUGAAGUCAGUGGGUAAAAACUGGAAAUCAAGGUUGGCAUAUUAUUUUAUUUGCCAAGGAGCACAACUUUGACUGUGUGGAACAACCUUAGACAGUUUUUUUUUAGUUUUGAUUUCUAGGAUUUUAUAUUAAACAUACAAAAACUGUGUCCUUGUCAAACUUUUAGUGUUUUCAUGCCAUUUACUGAGAUUAAAGAGCAUCUUGUACGUGA